UUUCCUUAGUUUGGGCUUGUGAGUGUUGUAAAUGGAGAAUCGUGUGGUGAGCUGUGGUGGAGCACGAGGGUGGUGGGUGUAUUUACUAGCUCCCUUGAGUUGCAAUGGCCCUAACUUCUGUUUCUUAGAUAAUAUUCAACUCAACAAAAGUGAUAUUUGUGCAUGGAAGCCGCACUUGGCUAUUCUAGUUUCUGCUCUGCUUUGCGCAGUAAUUCUCUACUGGCGGACUACUGGUGGAUGUGCAUGGGCCGGAAAGAAUAAUAAGAAGAAGAUUCCAGGGCCCCGAGGGUGGCCCAUAAUCGGAAGUCUAGUGGAAAUGAGUGGCGGUCAUGCUCACCGUAAGCUUGCUCAAUUGGCGGUUACUCACGAGGCGAAAAAGUUGAUGGCCUUCAGCUUGGGCUCUACCCCCGCAGUUAUAACGUCCGAUCCAGAAGUGGCCAGGGAGCUCAUGAGCUCUCCUCACUUUGCGGACAGGCCUCUCAAACAAUCUGCCCAGCAACUCAUGUUUGAGAGAGCAAUAGGCUUUGCACCCAACGGCGACUACUGGAGAAUGCUGCGUAGGAUUUCGGCUGCUCAUCUCUUUAGCCCACGAAGAAUCGCUGCGCAUGAAGCCAGCCGUCAGGCGGACAGCUUGAAAAUGCUAUCUGAUAUACGUAACGAGUGUGCAUGCAAAGGUGUCGUCAGCCUCCGUCCACAUCUCCAAGCGGCGGCUCUCAAAAACAUCAUGGGAAGCGUGUUUGGUGUAACGUUGGAUGGUGACGAAGGUAAAGAGGUGAGGGAGAUGGUGGAGGAGGGGUUUGAACUGCUCGGAGCAUUUAAUUGGGCCGAUUAUCUUCCUUGGCUAAGAGCACUUGACCCUCUCCGAAUCCACACCCGCUGCGCUCGACUCGUACCUCGCGUUAGGGCAUUCGUCCGAAGCAUCAUAAACCAACAUCGACAGAAUCCUGUGCCGAGGGACACAGCCGAUUCAGAUUUCGUGGGUGUGCUGCUUUCGCUUCAAGGACAAGAUAAGCUCCACGACGAAGACAUCAUCGCUGUUCUCUGGGAAAUGAUAUUCCGCGGCACAGACACUAUAGCUCUAGUUACAGAGUGGACCAUGGCGGAGAUGGUAUUGAAUGAAGAAAUACAAGGGAGAGCUCAGGCGGAGUUAGAGGCAGUGAUAGGAAGGGAUAGAAGCGUGAAGGAUGAGGACAUAGCAAGGCUCCCAUACCUGCAAGCAGUUGUAAAAGAGAGUUUGAGAAUGCAUCCACCGGGGCCUCUGCUGUCAUGGGCGCGUUUAUGCACCGAGGACGUUGAUAUUGCAGGUGGUAUGCAUGUUCCAGCUGGGACGACAGCCAUGGUUAACAUGUGGUCCAUCACUCACGACCCUGAGAUCUGGGAGUCACCUCAUGAAUUCCGGCCGGAGAGAUUUGUCGAAGAGAAAGUAGAUGUUCGCGGUAAUGACUUGAGGCUUGCACCCUUCGGCGCUGGUCGGCGAGUUUGUCCAGGAAAGGCUCUUGGUCUUACCACUGUUCAUCUCUGGGUAGCAAAACUACUCCACCAUUACAAGUGGACAACAUCAACUCAACACCCAGUAGAUCUCACCGAGGUUCUCAAGUUGUCCUCCCAAAUGGUCACACCCCUUACUGCGAUUGCCACAACCAUAAACCCUUAUUGAGAUCUCCCAAACAUAGGAUUCAAAUUUACCUGUUUAAUCGUGCUACUAUAUCAUCACUAUACUAUUAUAGAAUAAUAGUCUAAACGUAGUUUGCUUAAAACCGAUCAUCUGCUGGAAAUUGAGAAGUUAUAUAUAGAUUUUCCUAACCAUGGAUUAUUGCAGAAUAUUUCGACGUAGUUUGCCUUGGUGUUUGUUUAUGAAUGGACAUGCAAGGUUACUAUCGACAAAAAUGUGUGAGCUUGGUGUGGUGUGAAAAUGCAAGGUUGCUGUUUACAAAAGUGUGUGAGAUUGGUGUGGUGUAAUACGAGUAAAACAGACUUGAAUUUGAUUAUUAAGUUUCUUGUACCGCCUGUAAUGUUACCGUCAUGUAU